UCUCCCAUUGCCCCUUACCGGAUAUUCCUGUUGCAUGGCCAGACUAAGCAGUCAGUAGGCCUACGAGAUCAUAGAGCUGCAGAGAAGAAAAGAAAAGAUUUCCAUUGAACUUUGACAAGCUGUGACAGUUUGAGUACAAGACUCAAUCACUGCCAUCAUGUGGUUUGAUGAAGUUGGAGAAAUCUUUGAGCUUUUUAAGGGGAGUUUUCCUCUCUCAUUUUUGUUUUUUGUACCCAUUUUUAUCAUCAUAUCUCCUGUGAGCCCUGUGAAUGCAGCUCAAGAAUUUGGAGUGUACCGGAUGCAGCAAUAUGACUUGCAAGGGUCAACAUUUGGAUGCAAAAAUUCCAUCAUAAAUAUGGAAGCAAGGUCAAUUGACUGCAAAAUGCUAACUCGCCGCUGUGCUGUCGCAAAAUUGCAAGAUGUCACAAUGCCAAAGUAUCGUGAUCUCAUGACGCAGAAUGCUGGGGCAUUGCUUGUUAUCUUGCCACAGAAUCUGGGGAAUCUCUCAGCCGAAGAAAGACAGCAUUUGCAAAGUCUGGAGCGGGAGAUAGUCCAGGAGCCAACAUCAGUGCCUGUGUACUUUGCUCUGGAGCAAGAGUACCUGAAGGACAUUUAUCUUGAUGUCCAAGAGGGCACAGCUGGGGACAAUGCAGCAACAGCUUGGGAAGCCCUUGUCAGUUCUGCCACUGCUAAUGGCUUCCAGCUGGUGGUCUCUGGAACAGCUGCAGAGGCGUUGCCAGAUUUUGAAGUUGCCAAUAUUCAGGGUCGUCUCUCUGGCUAUGGCAUUGAAGAGCAGCUGCCGACCAUUGUGAUCACAGCUCAUUAUGAUUCUAUGGGGAUUGCUCCGUCACUGUCCUACGGCGUUGACUCCAAUGGAUCUGGUGUGAUCAUACUGCUGGAACUGGCUAGACUGUUCUCCAAACUGUACACAAACUCUCGCACCCAUGCAAAAUACAAUUUAGUCUUUCUUUUGUCUGGCGGUGGAAAGUUCAACUAUCAAGGUUCAAAGCGCUGGAUUGAGGACAAUUUUGAAGCUGCAGAGGGUAACAUGCUGUCGGAUGUUGCCUUUGUACUGUGUCUGGACACCCUAGGAGCUGGGAACGAACUGAAACUGCAUGUGUCCAAGCCACCGAGAGAAGACAGUGCUGGUGGGCAGUUCUACAAGCAACUGGAGGAGGUGGGCAGUUCUCUGUAUCCAGAGGCCAAGGUUGAUAUGGUGCACAAGAAGAUCAACCUUGCUGAUGAGAUGCUCGCCUGGGAGCAUGAGAGGUUCAGCAUCAAGCGCAUGUUGGCCUUCACCCUAAGCCAUCUGGGUUCACACAAGUCUCCAGACAGAAACACCAUCCUGGACACAAGGGCAGCAGUGGACUCUGGGGUCAUUACCAGGAAUACUCAGAUUGUUGCAGAGGCCCUGGCCAGGCAGAUCUACAACUUGACAAGCCAAGGCAGCUUUGAAAUGUUCACUGACACUCUGUCUGUGGAGGAGCCAGUGGUCCAGUCCUGGUUGGACUACUUGUCCAGUGGACCUCGUGCUGCUCAGUUGCUCAAGUCUGACUCAGAGAUGGUCAUGACGCUGGAACAGACUAUGGGUCGCUACCUCAAGGACGUGAGAAAAACUUUGAUAAAAGCUGACAAGAGGGAUCCUGAAUUCUUGUUUUACAGUGGGUCAGAGUAUGUCAUGAAUGCAUACAAUGUAAAACCAGCUGUGUUUGACUUGUUCCUUGCCAUCUGCAUUGCUAGUUAUCUGGCUCUUGCAUAUCUUUGUGCACAGAACUUCCAUGUGAUCUACUAUGCACUGAAGCGAUCUGUGAUUCCUGUCAGUCCCAAGGCUAAGGCUCAUUAGAUCCAACAGAUAUGGUACAGAAUCAACAAGUAGUUCAGACCAGUACACUCAACUCAGACUGACUCCAUGCGUCACUGGAUCUGGCCUCGUCAUCUUUCCGUGGAACUGAAUCAGUUCACUAUGUCCGAAAGAUUUCUCUUGUUGUUUGUAUUUUUCUUCCCUAAACAGACAAUUUUUAGUUUCUGAAUAAUAGUGAUGCUUGUCCCUGAUUUAAGACAUUUCUAACUAACCUUUGCUCCCAUAAAAAAUGUCUUAUGGGACUCGUGGUUUUAACUAGAAAGCUAGUUGAUUUUGUGCAGUGAACAUUUUUAGCGUUUUAGAUACGUGGUAACUUCCUUUCUGAAGUGAUCCUGACUUGACUUUCAAGAUUUCUUUAUGAUGUCCCAGAGGAGUCAAUCCCAACACGUGAUUGAUUUCCCAACUUGCUGCAUUUUACUGAACUGGUAGAAUUUGCUAAACUGAAACAUCAUUUGUAGUUUUAAAACUUUCUUUGGAGAGCUAAAUGCUUCUGUUUGUAAAUAUUAAGAAAAUUCCUUAUUUUGUUGUAUUUAUGCAUUCCUGUCAUUAUAUAUCGAGACUGUUCUCUUGUGGAUGCGACUCAGUCCCUCCCGCUUUUGAAUAUGUGGGAGUGCAAAUAGAAAGUCCUAAAUCAGGGAGAUCAUUGUAUUCAGAGUUUUGUUUGCUGUCUUUUUGAUAAAUCAUAAAAUUGAUUAUAUUUAUUACAGGUCUGAUUGUUUUUUUUUAAACAAAUAAGCUGUUAGAUGUAGUGUACAUGUGAAGGAUGCUUGUGUUUGUGUGGUGCCAAUGUAUUGAUGGGUGGUAUUUUAAAAAAAAAGUAAAGUGUUAUUGAUGUAGAAACAAUCAAACAAUCUGUAUUCCGGGCCUCUUGCACUGAUUUGGUAACUUUCUUGUACCUCACUGUAAUAAGACUAAGAGUUGGCAGUGAUGAUGUGUGGUGGUGGAAGCGGACGUAAAAUGCUUUACAAUGACUUUGGUCAUCCUUUAGUAGUUAGCUAAAAAA